AGUCAGAGGUAUCCUGCAGUUGGCCCGGCAAACAGACGCGUCGCCAGGGCAACGGGACGCGUUGCUAAGGUAACCAAAGCGGAUGCCGUUUGACGUCACCGGACGUGACGCACCCGCGGCUGCAGCUGGCGGAAGCGCACGCCGGACCCGGCUCUCCCGUGGAGCGGUGACUUGUCUCCUAUUUAGAUCCCACUGAAUUACCCAGUCUCCAUGCAACCUCAAGUGGUACAAGUGUACACCACUACCACUGACAGUAAAGGUCAAUGGAGUUCUAAUAUCUCGGACUUUUUUGAUGACGUAGGGAUCUGUCUAUGUGGGGCAUUUGUGCCCUGCUUCCUGGCUUGCAAAGUGGCCUCAGACUAUGGAGAAUGCUGCUGCCUGCCGGUGGUAGGGGGCGCUUUGCUCGCCAUGCGCACAGGCAUCAGAGAACGUCAUCACAUCCCUGGAACCAUCUGCAAUGACUGCGUGUGUCUGACAUUCUGCGGCCCAUGCACUCUGUGUCAGAUGGCACGCGAGCUGAAGGAAAAGAAAUGAAGACACCGCCGGAUGAACUGUGCUAUGAAGCCACAGAAUAUAGAAAUAUAUAAACAUUAUUCUGCCAUUUUCUCUUUACACAGUGCAGUGGAUGAGGGUAGAGAGUGUGUAGCCACUGACAACACCCCUUUCUCCAUAACACAUGCACAUAUACACAUAUGAUUUGAAGAGAUAGAAACGUAAUCACUUAGGAAGCCUUUCAGUAGUGUUUUCCUUGGUGACAGAAGAUUACAGACAUUUGGCAUGACUUAAGUUUAUGACAUAAAAGCUGCACAGAUGAUACAAUAGACUGAGCUGUGGCAUAUAUUCAAGGAACAGGAAUAAACAACUCGUCCUGGAUCAUACAAACACUUUGGCUAAAAUCACGGAAUUUGACUAAAUAAAUCACAUAAUUUAUUUAGUCAAAUUUACAGGAAGGCCUGAACAAACCAAUAUACAGGUUGAGUAUCCCAUAUCCAAAUAUUCGGAAAUACGGAAUAUUCCGAAAUACGGACUUUUUUGAGUGAGACUAAGAUGGUGAAACCUUUGUUUUCUGAUGCUCAAUGUACACAAACUUUGUUUAAUACACAAAGUUAUAAAAACUAUUAUAUUAAAUGACCUUCAGGCUGUGUGUAUAAGGUGUAUAUGAAACAUAAAUGAAUUGUGUGAAUGUACACACACAUUGUUUAAUGCACAAAGUUAUUAAAAAUAUUGGAUAAAAUUAA